CAAUGGAGAACCUGGAAGGAGGAGAGGGGGGGGUGCCGGGGAGGCGCGAGGGGCUCCACUGGGAAACCACCGCCUCUCAGGACGGCCAAAAAGUCAUCGGCUGAAUAAGGAAAUGAAGCGUAAUUUGAGGAAGAUGGAUGAGCCCCCAGGGAAACACCCCCUUUUCAUUCCCCUUGUAUUGCCGAUGAUAACCAAUGCGCGCUCGGCGUCUCCUCCUCUGCGCGCACGGAGAGGGGCGGAGUGAGGAGGCGCGCGGAGGGGAGAGGUAGAUAGAUAGAUAGAUGGAGAGUGUGUUUAUGUCUCAGAGUGGGACAAAAAGGUAGCGCUUGGGCAACAAAGCGCCCGACUGACUGGGGAUAGGCAGCGCGCGCACAGGGAUGACAGCACUCCAGAGGAUCUACUCCCCAUCCAACUGAAAGUUUGGCCGCAGAGAGGACACUCAAGUUUCCUUCCACAGAUUUUUUUUCCUGCAGAUAUGCAGAGACCAGGCGGGCAGGGGACCGCGUUCUCCAUCGACUCCCUGAUAGGGACCCCCCAGCCCCGGCCGGGACACCUGCUCUACACGGGCUACCCCAUGUUCAUGCCCUACAGGCCGCUGGUCAUCCCGCAGGCUUUGUCCCACUCGCCGCUGUCAUCCGGCAUCCCUCCGCUCGCGCCGCUGGCCUCCUUCGCGGGGCGGCUCACCAACACGUUCUGCGCCAGCCUGGGACAGGGGGUGCCAUCCAUGGUGGCGCUCACCACCACCAUGCCGAGUUUCUCGGACCCGCCGGACAGUUUCUACCCGCCGCAGGAGCUGCCCGGUCCGCGUUUGAGCGCGGCUGACCCCGGCGCGCGGAGGCAGGAGAGUCCGCACACCGACGAGCUGCACAGCCGCGACAAGGCGCAGGAGCUGCUCAACUUCUCGGAAACUUUCCAAACUAUAUCGGGUGAGACAAAACUGUACAGUUCAGAUGAGGAGAAGCUGGAUCUAAAAUCCGCAGACACGGCGUGCAGCGACCGGGAGGACAGCUCCGCAGACAGCGAGAACGAGAGCUUCUCAGACGGGAACAACUGCGGGCCGCUGGGCUCCCAGAAGGGCAAACUAAAGAGCAGCUCCCAGGAGGCGCUGCCCACCGGCAGCUCGGCGGGGAAGAGCCGCCGGAGACGAACAGCUUUCACCAGCGAGCAGCUGCUCGAGCUGGAGAAGGAGUUUCACUGUAAAAAGUACCUGUCCCUGACCGAGCGCUCGCAGAUCGCGCACGCGCUCAAGCUGAGCGAGGUGCAGGUGAAGAUCUGGUUCCAGAACCGCAGAGCCAAGUGGAAACGGAUCAAAGCCGGCAACGUCAACAACCGCUCAGGAGAGCCGGUGAGGAACCCCAAAAUCGUGGUGCCCAUCCCCGUGCACGUCAACAGGUUCGCAGUGAGGAGUCAGCACCAACAGAUAGAGCAGGGGACCCGACCGUGAACGCGCAGACUAUGGACACAAACCCAGACUCUGAUCUGCUGAACGCAUGACGCACAAAACGGAGGAUUCACUUGUUUGGUCAGAAAGGUGAGAAUUUGCUCACAAACAGAGAAAUAAUUUGGCAAUAUGCUUUUCUUUUUUUAUUUUUAUUUAUUGUCAUGUAAAUAUAUAAAUAGAAAUAAGGAGAAGUUAUGAGAUGUGGCUGUAAAUAUUUUUUAAGUAUUUAUGUAGGGCCGAAACGUUCUGUUGUGCAUGUUCUGAAAAAAAAAAGAAACAUUUUUAUUUCUUUUUGUGUUUCGUACAAUUUGUUGAGCCACGUUUGCAUGUAACGUUUUGUUUGUGGGAAACACCUUUCAGAGAUAUUUGUUGAAGAAUGAAAAGAGGAAAAAAUGUCAAGGAAAUAACGACCAAACAAGGGACAAUUGUAAAUUAUAAUUGACCUAAUAAAUCACUUUAUAUAUGAAAGCUG